UUGUCUUUAAACUCUGUAUAAUGAAGCAUGCCUCCACGGCUCCACCCACUUGUUGCUCACUCCACUACUCACCAUUCGCCUAGAAAACCGAGCUCCUUCUCCCCCACUAACUAUGGCUUCUUAUUUUCUUCUUCCAAAAAUGCCUCUAAAUCCUUCUGCUGCAGCGCAACAUUAAUUACAGCCUCUCUUUUUCUGCAUUUUCUUGACCCUACCGCAUCUUCAUCAAACCAAGCAAGCCGAGCUCCAAAAGAGAGAAGUCCUAAAGUAACUGAUCACAAAUCCCCUAGAAGCCCGCUGUCUGAGAAGAAACGGCCAAGCAAAAUACCUGAGCUCGAGAGUCAGAUAUCUCAGCUUGAGCAUGAUCUGAAAGUUGUCAAGGAUCAAUUAAUUUCUACGGAAGCACAGAAGAAGCAAGCUCAGACAGAUGCUGAGGAGUCUAACCAGCAGCUCUCGGCCUUAUCUUUGAAGCUCGAAGAGUUGCAGAAACACCUCUCUGAGCAGUUAUCUUCGGAGGAAGUUGUGUAUGAGGAACAAAAAUUGGGUUCACAAUCCGAACUCGAGGCUAUCAAGAAGCAGGGCUCUCAUGACUCGGCUGCAUUGGCUUCUGCGUUGGAUGAGAUCAAGCAGCUUAAGGUUCAGCUUGAGAAGGUAGCUGAGUCUGAGGCACCUCAACCUAAGCACUCGGAAUCUGAGCAAAACGACCUCAUUAAAUUGAAGGAGAACUUGUCUGAGACGCUCUUGAUCGUGGAAGAAAUGAAACAACAGGUAAUGUGUAGCAAAGAAUCCGAAGCUCAGGCGCAGGCGCUCGUUAGAGAGACUCUGGUGCAACUAGAAACGGCCAAGAAGAUGGUGGAGACGCUUAGAUCGGAUGGACUAAAGACCACCGAGGAGUAUACUGCCAUUGCUUCUGAGCUGGAGCAGUCGAGAGCUCGUGUUAGUUUCUUGGAAGAUCUUGUGAACAAACUCCAGGCUGACAUUGGUAGUGAUGGCAAAAAAGACUCCCAAGGUGAAAUAGAAGUUAGUUCUUUGAGACUCGAAAUUGAGCAAUUGAGGUCGGUUUUAGAAGCUGGUGAGAUAAGAUACAACGAGGAACGAAGUCGUAAUGCAGAGCAGAUGCAGGACGCUAUGGAAACGGUGGAAAAGUUCAAAUCUGCAUCGAGCCAGAGAGAAUCGGAGCUGGAGGUGGAAAUCCGGAGAUCCAAAUACGAGAUCGAGGAGCUCAAGGCGAACCUGAUGGACAAGGAGACCGAACUGCAAGGUAUAGUUGAAGAGAACGAGGGCCUCACCGUGAAGCUCGAGAACUCUGUGUCGGGGCAGAGGGAGAGCGAGCUGGAGAAGAAGUUCCAUGCCGAGAUAGAAACUCUGAAGGCCAGCCUGACACAGAAGGAGGCAGAGUGGCAAAGCACGUCGAAGGAGAAUGAAAUUCUGAAGGAAAUGGCGAAGAAUGGCAGAACGAGCGAGGAAAUUGAGAGUGAGGCGGCCAUGAAUGUGAGCUACAUGGCAGAGGAGAUAGAGAAGAGUAACAAGAAGGCGGCGAGAGUGGGGGAGCAGCUGGAGGCGGCGCAAGCAACAAAUGCAGAGAUGGAAGGUGAGCUGAGGAGGCUGAAAGUGCAGUCGGAUCAAUGGAGGAAGGCUGCGGAGGCUGCUGCUGCAAUGCUGUCGGCAGGGAACAACAACGGGCAGAUGAUGGAGAGGACGGGGUCGAUAGAUGGUCAUUACAGCCCUCUGACAGGGAAGGUAAGCUCGCCUUAUGCGGACAAUCUUGAUGAGGAGUUGAUGAAGAAGAAAAAUGGUAACAAACUGAGGAAGUUUGGGGUGUUGUGGAAGAAGCCACAAAAAUAGGAGACCCUUCAUUCAUUUCAGCAUUGGUUUUCUUCACUGCUUGAACCAUGUUAUGUGGAGUAUUAUUACUCUGUGUAACCAUGACAACCAUUUAUUUAUGUUAUAUACUUCUACCUUUACUCAGGAUGAGCUGUAAAAUCUAUGUCUGUGUUUCCCCAUGAAGAUACAAAUAUCUAUGGUAGCCUCUCUAACUCUCUCUUCA